AUGGUCCUGAAGCAGAAGUUUGUCGUCGUCGGCGCCGGCCCUGUUGGCUCUCUGGCAGCGCUCUACGCGGCUAAGAGAGGCCAUGAUGUAGAGAUUUAUGAACUGAGGCCCGCGUGGCAUCAAUGCUAUGCCGCCACGCUGGCCAGCCGAGGUUGCUUGAGCACGUGUUUGGUGCAACCAUUCCCAUGCGCGGCCCGUAUGAUCCACGGCCGUGGUUCCAAUGGUGACCUUUACGAAGCUGCACAGGAUUAUGAUAUUCAUGGACGUACGAUUUUCGCUGUCGACCGAGCUGGCCUCAAUAAGCGGCUCCUCGACAUUCUUGAAGACAUGCCCAAUGUCAAGUUCUUUUUCAGCCACAAACUCACAGGUGCCGAUUUCAAGAAGCGCAAGGCAUGGUUCGAGGUCAUGACGUCCGAGUCGGCCACCGGCAGGGCGAGGGAGAUUGAAAUCGACUUUGAUCUCAUGAUUGGCGCUGACGGCGCCCACUCAGCCGUCCGGUACCACAUGAUGAAGUUUGCGCAGCUGAACUAUCGACAAGACUACAUCGGCACGCUGUGGUGUGAAUUCCACAUCAAGCCUGUCAAGGUCCGCUCGGAUGAGAACCCGAAUGCCGUCUUUAGGAUAUCGCCAAACCAUCUCCACAUCUGGCCCGGCAAGGACUUCAUGUUCAUCGCCAUUCCCAGCGAUGACGGAUCCUUCACUUGCACGCUCUUCCUGCCCAGCGCGCAAACGUUGGCCCUCGAGAAGAACCCCGCCAGCAUCCCUGAGUUCUUCGACAAGCACUUUCCCGGCGUCACGGAGCUCAUCCCUGGCAGAGAGCUCAUCGAGUCCUUCGAGAGGAAUCCUCACCUGGCCCCUUCAUCAGCGUCAAAUGCAGCCCGCCUCCGCCGCCGCCGCCGACUACGGUCGCGAGGUGGCCCUCGCCGAGUACACGACGAACCGCGUGCCCGACGCGCACGGCGCACGCCCAUCAACGACCUGGCACUGCAAAACUACGUCGAGAUGCGCGCAUCGGUGCUCUCGCCCAAGUACCGCCUGCGCAAGUGGCUCGAGGAGAUGAUGUCUGUCUACCUGCCGGGCCUCGGCUGGCAGACGAAGUACUCGCGCGUCAGUUUCGAGAACCAGCGCUACUCCGAGGUCGUGGCACAGAGCGAGCACCAGGGCGAGGUCCUCGUAUCCGUCUUUGAGGCGCUCGUCUGCAGCCCGUUCAUCGUCGGCGCCGUUUGGCUGUGGUGGAAGCAGCCCAAGUGGAUCGCGAGGACGUAUCAGACGUGGACCGAGAAGGCCAUCAUGGCUGCUUUCGAGCGUCUUUGA